CUCCCUUUCUUGUUUCUCAGUCUUUUCUAUUAUUGUCUCAUCAUCAAUUAUAUAGCCACUCAAUCACACCUUUCAAUUAUUUAUAUACAUACACUACUAAGAUCGGUCUUGUUAUUUUAUCUCGUAACAAGACCGUUCGCCAAAUCUUGUUGUUCGAGUAUAUUAUACUCCGAUAUCAAAUCGAUCAAGAGGUCUCAGUAUCAUCGUCAACCGAGGAUAUUCAUGCCCCCGGUCUCAUUGCCUCCUGGUUUUAGGUUCCACCCAACGGGUGAAGAACUAAUCACAUACUAUCUCAAAAGAAAGAUCAACGGUCGAGAGAUUGAGCUAGAGAUUAUCCCUGAAAUAGACCUCUACAAGUGUGAACCAUGGGACUUGCCCGGGAAAUCAUUGCUUCCUAACAAAGAUCAAGAAUGGUACUUCUUCAGUCCACGAGACAGAAAGUACCCCAAUGGUUCAAGAACAAACCGGGCAACAAAAGGAGGUUACUGGAAAGCAACGGGCAAAUAAGACCGGAGGGUGAGUUUGAGAGAUCGAGCCAUAGGAACCAAGAAAACAUUAGUCUAUUACCGUGGACGCGCACCAGACGGUAUUGGAACUGGUUGGGUCAUGCAUGAAUAUCGCCUCGAUGAAACUGAAUGCGAGCCUACUGCGUUCGGCAUGCAGGAUGCAUAUGCACUAUGCCGUGUUUUUAAGAAAAUAAUUAUUGAAGCUAAACCAAGAUUAGAUCAACAUCAGCAUCAGCAUUACGUAAACACGAGGUCAAAUAUAAGUGGUAACUCAAGUGUUGACGUUUGUUCGGAUCUUGAAAUAAGUUCAAGUACACAUGUAACACAUCAAGUUCUACCUAAUUAUAACAACGCUACCGAGACCCAACGGUUUGGAAACACAAACGCAAUCGGUGAUCGUGAUGACUGGUCAGAAUACAUGUCACAAGGCAUGCCUACUGGCUUUUCAAGUUACGUAUCUCCUUAUGGAUCAUACCUCACUCAACCAAAGGCAAAUACAGAAAUUGAGUGUGGGAUGUUGCAGCGUCAGAUGUCAUUGCCACCGUUGCGAGUAGAAAACUCGCGGGUUCAAACCAGCGAUUUCUCCAAUGGAAUGAAUCAAAAUAGCGGUGAGUGCGGUUUCGAAGACUUUACUUUCGCUGCAAGUAACCUUAACCAGCUCUAUAACAACGACGUUGAUGAUAAUAUAAUUCACUUUGGAAGUCUCGAUGAACAAUUUCUCAAUGCUGGAAACACAACGUGGAUGAGAAUGUCCAACGAGAAUCUGAAACAGAGUUUGAUAGAAGAGGAAGAGAUUUUGCCAAGUUUCGAGGAUAAUGAUCAAGAUCUUGAAUUUUUUGGCGGGUCUCGGACCAAUACAAUCAACAACAACAUAGAGGUCGAUGAUUUUUUUCUCAUCCGAAAACCAAAACACACAGACAAGACAAUGAACGAAGAAGACAUACGAGUAGAGCAUAAAAUGCUCAUUUGUACGCGUCAAACAACGGAAGUUAUGUACUACCAAGUCGUACCGUCGCAGAAUUUGAAAAUUCAAAUAAAUCGGGUUCAAGGAUUUGAAGAGAACAAUGAUUCUUGGUUGAAGAAGGCGGAAAAUGGUGCCAAGAUGAAACUGAAACAGAUUAGUUUAGUUUCAAAACGUUAUUACAAAGGUCUCAGAAUUAUUUUCUGAUUUAUUUAUAGUUUUAUACUCAAAACUAUUGUGGCAAACACGUUUUGGA